AAACGAGCUGAGAAUGAGAAAAAUGAAUGAACUAAAAUCCCAAUUGUUUGCACAGUAGUCACUUUUCACACUAUCUAGUUCAACAGCGAAAGCCGCCACGGAGGCAUCGUUCCGAAUUCGUCACAUUGUUAAUAACAAGAAGUCCUUCCAAGAUGGAUAGAUUGCCAAAGAGGCAUAGCUGACUCAUUGUUCCAACCUUUUAAAAAAUAAGGUAGAAAUAUUAUCUUCAAAAAAAGCUUUACCGCUGUCAAGGAGUACAGUUACACGGCAGAUGUGUGGAAGGACAUCGGAGCCUGUGAGUGUUUCUCACUGCAGUUGGACGAGUCUACUGACUUUGCGGGUCUCUCAUUUGGCUGUUUGGAAGUACACAGAUCCAAAAGUUCAGUACUUUGAUGAUGAGAUUGACUACAAGGAUCCCUGCAAAGCUGCUGCCUUUUUGGGAGACAUUGCCUUGGAUGAAGAAGAACUGCUCAUGUUUAAAGACACACUCAAAGCAGAAAAUGCUCAACUCAAUCAGACGGCUUCAGUUAGCAUCUCCGCUUCCAAUGCAUUAGUCAGAAGUAAGAGAGGAGCACAAAAACAGAGCUACCGUCAGCAUAAGAGCGGAAGGAGACGGAGGAGGGGAAGGGCAGCCACCUCCAGAUCCGAAAGGAUUUGGCCCGACGGCAUCGUACCGUAUGUGAUCAGCAGCAAUUUCAGCGGUAGUCAGCGGGCCAUUUUCCGUCAGGCAAUGCGUCACUGGGAGAAGAACACUUGUGUAACUUUCACCGAGAGGACGACGGAAGAGAGCUACAUUGUUUUCACAUACAGACCUUGCGGGUGUUGUUCCUACGUGGGAAAGAGAGGCAGCGGUCCUCAGGCCAUCUCUAUAGGGAAAAACUGCGAUAAGUUUGGCAUUGUGGUCCAUGAACUCGGCCACGUGAUUGGUUUCUGGCACGAGCACACGAGGCCGGACCGCGACGACCAUGUGAGCAUCAACAGAGACAACAUUCAGCAAGGACAGGAGUACAACUUCCUGAAAAUGGAACCGGGGGAGGUUGACUCACUUGGCGAGGUGUACGACUUCGCCAGCAUCAUGCAUUACGCCAGGAAUACCUUCUCCAGAAGUGUUUUCUUGGACACAAUCUUCCCCCGUUAUGAUGUAAAUGGAGUCCGGCCCUCUAUUGGACAGAGGCUCAAGCUUAGCAAAGGGGACAUUGCACAAGCACGCAAACUCUACAAAUGUCCAAGAUGCGGGGAGACUUUGCAAGAGAGUGCUGGAAAUUUCUCCUCCCCUGAUUUCCCAAAUGGUUACUCUGCACAUGUGCAUUGUGUAUGGAGGAUCUCGGUCACACCUGGAGAAAAGAUUGUUCUGAAUUUUACUUCCAUGGACGUCUUCAAUAGUCGCUUGUGCUGGUAUGACUACGUGGAGGUUCGAGACGGCUUCUGGAAGAAAGCCCCACUGAAAGGUCGUUUCUGCGGAGACACAGUCCCGGUGUCCAUUGUCUCAAGCGACAGCCAACUUUGGAUUGAAUUCAGCAGCAGCAGUAGCUGGGUGGGUAAAGGCUUCUCGGCCGUCUACGAAGCCGUCUGCGGUGGGAAUGUGGAGCGCGACAGCGGCCAGAUCCAGUCGCCCAAUUAUCCCGAUGACUACCACUCCAACAAAAUGUGUGUGUGGAAAGUCACCGUGGCAGAGGGUUAUGAAGUGGGUCUCUCCUUCCAGUCCUUUGAGCUCGAGAGUCACGACAGCUGCGCCUACGACUACGUGGAAGUGAGGGACGGUGGGUCCGCGCAUAGCCCGCUUCUCGGACGCUUCUGCGGCUACGACAAACCGCAAAACAUCAAAAGCAGCACCAACCAGCUCUGGCUGAAUUUCGCCUCUGACGUCUCUGUCAACAAGGCUGGGUUCUCUGCCAGCUUCUUCAAAGAGAUGGACGAGUGUUCCCGACCUGAUAAUGGCGGUUGUGAGCAGCAUUGUCUGAACACCCUCGGCAGCUACAAAUGUGCCUGUGAUCCUGGAUACGUACUGGCCGCAGACAGGUCCAGUUGUGAAACAGCUGCCUGUGGCGGCUUUAUCACCAAACUGAGCGGCUCCCUCGCCACCCCAGGGUGGCCUAAGGAGUACCCACCCAACAAAAACUGCGUGUGGCAGCUGGUGGCGCCCAUCCAGUACCGCAUCACUCUGGUGUUUGACGCAUUUGAAACAGAAGGCAACGAUGUAUGCAAAUAUGAUUACGUGGAGGUGCGCAGUGGCACAAGCGCGGACUCGAAACUUCACGGGAGGUUCUGCGGAGCGGAGAAACCGGAGGCCAUCGCCUCGCUGCAAAACAACAUGAGGGUCGAGUUCAAGUCUGACAACACCGUCUCCAAGAGAGGAUUCAAGGCUCACUUCUUCUUUGAUAUGGACGAGUGCUCGCAAGAAAACGGCGGUUGCCAGCAUGCAUGUGUCAACACCAUGGGAAGCUACAGAUGUCAGUGCCGCAGCGGUUUCAUGCUGCACGACAACAAGCAUGACUGCAAGGAAGGUGCAUCGGGCUGUGAUUUAGUGGUAAAUGGCGUGUCAGGCACAAUCAGCAGCCCCAACUGGCCUGAAAAGUAUCCCAGUAAGAAGGCCUGCACAUGGACUCUGUCCACCACGCCAGGCCAUCGGAUCAAACUUGUCUUCAAUGAGAUUGACAUGGAGGCUCAUCUGGAGUGUGCUUACGACCGUUUGGAAAUCUUCGAUGGGACCGAUGUCCGUGCCCCGAGUCUGGCUCGCGUCUGUGGUGCUAAGAAGCCUUCUCCCGUCAUCUCCAGUGACAAGGCAAUGUUUUUACGUUUCUUCUCGGACAACUCGGUGCAGAAGAGAGGCUUUAAGGCCUCAUAUGCAGCAGAAUGCGGAGGAAGCCUUAGCGCCGAGGUCACGACGAAAGAUUUGUACUCUCAUGCACAGUUUGGUGACAACAACUACCCCGGAAGCUCCGACUGCUUGUGGGUAAUCUCGGCUGAGAAAGGUUACGGAGUGGAGCUCCUCUUUCAAGUGUUUGACAUCGAGGAGGAGCCCGACUGUGGGUACGAUUAUGUCGAGCUUUACGAUGGAGCUGACCUCAAGUCCCCGAGGCUGGGAAGAUUCUGCGGAACGGGGGCUCCAGAGGAGAUCUACUCAGCCGGGGAUGCCCUGGUGUUAAAAUUUCACUCAGAUGACAGCAUCGGUAAAAAAGGUUUCCAUGUGCACUACACAAGCACAAAGUUCCAGGAUACGCUACACGUGAGCAAGUGACUCGAGAAAAAGCUCUCAAUUUGAACCUAAAUCCAGACUUGAAGCCAAACAUUCUCUACCACACCCAUUCCAACGAGGAGCAGAUGAGUGGAUUCAUAUCAUAAACCCACAAAUGUGCCACUCACAUCUGUUAGAGUGAAGCCGAGCAGACAAAUUACAUAUUUACUGUGUUACAGCUUUGGACAAACCCCAAGGACUAGUUUUCAAUGAUUUGGGGUUUUCCUUUGCCUUGUGCAGCCUGUAAUGAACUUUUGUAGCUUGGUAGGAAUUUAAAAUGCACACAAGGUAUUUUUUUUGCACAGGCUAAUGGGAUCCACUGCAAGAGCUGCAGAAAAUGGAUGGAUAUGAUAAGAUUUUGCAGAAGUACUUGAUGAAGUGUGUCUGAGAGUCAUGUGAUCAUUGUUAAUGCAGUCCAGUUGGAUAGAAAGAUUUUGCACACAGUCUUUUAUGAUUUUUUUUGGGGAGGUGGGCAGAGUUAGUCGCACAUCUGCUUUACUUGCACACUCAAAUGGUAUUUUCUACUUUGUAAAAAUAACACCCAAGUUGUUAACCUGGAUGUAAAUACGAAUCAAAAUCUACAUCUGGAUCUCAGAAAAGUAUUUACUUCAUUGAAGUGAAAUUCGUCUGUGAGUUUAUGGAUUUAUGAAAGGUAGGAAAAUACUUCUUGACUAGUUUUAUACAUGAAAAUAUGUUGUUUUGAAACGUAAUAGCCUUGUUUCUUGCAAUGGUGUAUUUUGAGUUUUUCUCAGCUUCUAAUCAUCAAAAUAACGAUAAUACAAAACAAUAAUUCCAUUAAAUAUUUCACUCACUCGUGAAUCUGUAUACCAAUAAUGAGUUUCACUUCUUGAAUUAAACUACUGAAAUUAUGUUUUGCACUAAUUUAUGGAUUGAAAGACAACUAACCCUAGC